UGCUCAUAGAGUUGUUGAGAGAAUAAAUUAUUGAAGAUAUUACUUCGCCGGCUUGUUAAACAUUUAUGCUGUUCUGUGCCUGGACAAAAUGAAACUGUACGAGAAAUGUACUUUGGUUGCCAACUGGUACCAUGGCUGUUUAGAAAAGGAGGCAUCAGAAUACUUAUGUAAGGACGCUGCUAUUGGAGGUUUCUUGGUAUGGACAUUAAACAAUACAGAUGACACAUACAUGCUGACUGUAAAAGAAAACGAUGGCACAGUAGCUCAUUACGUCAUCGGUUCGAACUGCGCUGCAAAUGACGUCACAGACUUAGACUGGCUCUCCUGUGUUGUAAACUUUUACCAAUCGAAUUGUUUGGAUGGUAGUUCGUGUUUUACUGUGUUAGCGACAAGCAUCCAACAGAAAUUGGAGCAGAACAGAAACGUGGUCGUCGCAAAAGAAAGCUUCACGGCUUACGACUUUGCCUGUUUAUCGUUUACCAAGGGCGACAGACUUCAUCUGCUUGACCAAGAAAGUGGCGAGUGGUGGUACGCCCACGACGGUCAAAAUAUUGGAUUUAUUCCUGCGAGGCUCGUGUUUGAAUUGAGCAACCGUUGCCGGCAGUAUUCGAAUGAAGAGACGCACUCCUUUCCCAGCCCGACGUGUAAGAGUUUUGGAGAGAUGACACAGCCUAUUUAUCCAGGCGUAGAAAGUGAAGACUGUGCUAUUGCAGCAAAAGAAUUAGUCGAAUACAAAGUUAAACAAACUCAUUGUGAAGAAAUGAGAUUGUCUUGGAGAGAAAGAAAACCAAUACCACCGAACCUUUUACUUUUUAAGUCAGGAGACGCAUUAUCAACGUCCACCUCCACGUCCGGUUUCGACGACAAUUUCAUUCCUUCUUCGGCUCCAUCCUUGUUCGACGGUUCAGACGUUUCGGCAAUUUCCGUUAAGUCGGACGCUUCGAUCUCUUCUUCGAGUUAUAGUGAAGAAAACGAUGUCAUUUACCCGGCUUCAUGCACACACCGUCCCCGACCGUCAAUACUGUCAAACCGAGGGAGGCUGUCAAGGUCGUUUUCGGAGCAAAACGUAAACGACAUGCGAUCCAGAAACGCGACACUUUCUUCGCAACGUUCAACAGGUAGCAGAGGCUCACUAAAGAAAGCAUUGAAUAGCACAACAAGGAUAUUCAAACAUAUUAAGCGAGGAUCAACCAGCAAACCCACCACACCUACAACACCAUCCAAAGAUGGGUUCGACUUAAUUUCAAUCAACGGUCAAAGUUUUAUCUCCUUGGCCACAACGGGUAGCCCUGAUAGGACUAAGCCAAUCAACGAAAGCUUUUACAAGUCGUUCGAGGACCUAACAUGCGACGAACCACCCAUUAAAGUUAUUCCGAAAUCUCCUGUGCGACAACAAGUCGUUGAGAAAUGCGUGAAAUCGGCAAACAGCUAUGAAGGCCCGGUGUUCAGCGAGGUCGGCUCGGCAGGGGGUGUGGUUUUAGUUCCAGGCACGGACAUAUCUCUUCAUAUAAGCGCCACGAAACCAGCUCAAACUGACUGCAAAUUCUGCUUCGAUAAAAGAAAAUCUGAAAGUAUGAGAAGCCCAAAAAAUCCAAUGAAAGACAAGUCCGUUAUGAGGCGGCGAUUUUCAAAAUCGACCAGCGUUGCGACACCCCCAACACCCAGACUACGAGAUAGUAAAUGUCCUGAGAGUAACAGAACAGAUGGGAGGAUAGCUAUUACGUUGGAAGACGCACCGCACAUGACCGUCCUAAAUCCUAAGCGGGAAGAUCAACAUGCUAUACACGUUCCUAUAAGAUAUGAGGUCGCUGGUCCAGCCGUCAGAAUCAACCUUGCUGAUAAAGAGUCUCAUAAAAACGGAGUAGUUUUGCAAAUGGGGGUCAGUACAGCGCUACCACAAUCCGAUAUGUACGAGUUGUCUGAAACACCAACAAGCAAAGUUGGGUUUACAUGCUUGCAAGGUGAAAUGCGCAACGGACCGUUCCAUGAAGCUGAGAGCUGUUAUUAUUACGGCAACACACUCCAGGCCACACUUGACACAUCCGCAUUGAAAAACACCCCAACCGGUUGUCAAAUAUACGCCGUUCCUGUUGUAAAAGUCGAGCAAGGAAUAACCGCGGCGCCUUUUUCAUGGGACCGUCUAGGCCAAACAUAUCACAUUGGAAUAUACGGGCCAAAACAGACUUAUAUGAAGAGUACUUGUUGCGUGUCGGUGUCUUGUUCAGGUUUCUGCCCACCUACAUUAAGAGUCUGGCACGAAACAGACUUUACGCUAAGACUGUGGGCUUCUUACACCAUGCAAAUACGAAAAGCGCAAGGAUUUCGUUUAAGGUUCAAACUCAGCAAUUCCUCGUUGCUAAAAGUGGACACAAAUCAAGAUGAUGAUAUUAUUAGCCUAAAAGAACUGCGAACAAAUUCAAGAGUGAACAAAGUAUUUGUGCUAUUGCAAAGCGUGAAAAACGAGACCCUUCGUCCCCGAAACAACAGCAAAACAGAUCGAGUUCUUGCUAUCACUUUGACCGGAGAAGAAGACGGAACAGUCCGCCGAAUCAAGAUGAAGGUCCCGACCGAAAAGAAGUUCGCUUCUCCGAGAAUUACAUCGCCUAUAAUAACAAGGCAAAUAUCGCGUUCGGAAACGUUACCCGAAUUACGUGUGGCCUCGUCUAACGUCGAACAGACACACCAAUGGGCAAUGGCGCUACAGGAAGCGGACAUAUUAUUCAACAGGUCGGCCCAUAUUCCCGGAAGUGACAGAACGGUCUGUGGAGUCAAACUAGCGGUUGCUUUGCGGUCCAGGUACCGAAAAAGGCACCCAACCGUACCAUCGCACAUAUUACAGUACAGUAUUGGAGACUACAUGCCAGUUUUGAGUUCCCAAGCUAUUUGGAGUCACGGUAGCGUUCAUUACAAGGACUGGUGGGUGGCUUACUCAUGCCACAAAGUCGGUUUACUUCAGAAAAGUAACGCUACUAUGUUGGAAUUUGACGACUACUGCCACUGGCCAGAAGUUAGAGUAACGUGUGGAAAUAUAAUUGAAGCAAUCAUUGAACCAAUACCUCAUCUCACGGCAACAUAUUCUGUCUUGGUGGAUAAGUUAGCACGUCACGUGACUGACUGGUUGUCCCUAGCAACACUACUGCGGUUCGGCGAGCGCUAUGCGUUGAACGAAAUACAGAACAAGCGGGUUUCACCCGUAAGACAUUCAAAUGCGCUGUUCUACCUCGGAAAAUUCAGGAAAUACUGUGAUAAAUGUCCAAAGAAACGAAGCUUUAAUCAGGAAUUGGUUCGAGCUCUUUUGUACAUGGAGCAUUACGACUUGGCUGUGGAACUUGUGACUCGGUUCUGCGUUCUGUCUUGUGCAGUUGAAAUGUCACCAAGAUGGCAAGAGCUAGCGGCAUUAUUAGUCGGUGACUUGCAGGAUGAAGACGUUGUAUUGUUCAGCGAAUCCAGGGAAAUUAGUUCACAUGAAGCUAACGGCAUCACUAUUAAACAGCAAGCGACUUGGAAACCUGCGUUGAGUUUUCUCAGUCGUUGGCAUGACAGAUUCGGCGACGACCACAGAGCAGCUCUGCUCACUUUAUUUCAAGCUACUGAAACUUUAAAAGACUCACCUAACAGAAAUUGGCCGUAUUUAACCAGUUGCGUUAUACUUGUGCUAGCUGUUGAUAGUCUCCGCAAUUAUGACACGCGGUUAUAGCAGAAACCUUGUUUUAAAUAUGUUUCUUUAUUUUCUUUUCUAUUCAAGUGCAAUUCAGUCCAGCUAUUUUGCCAAUAAAUCGUAAAUCAAACUU